AUGUGGCUCAACGUUGGCUUUUGGAAGAAUAACCCAUGUUCCUUUCAAGAGGCUUGUCAGCAUCUAUUCGAGGAAGUUCUUUGUGAAGCCGGUAUCUCAAAGGGCUGCUCCUCGAACUUCUCGAUUGUCGAAGUUGGAUGCGGAUGCGCCGAAACAGCCUUCUUCAUGCGUAAAUCUCUUCCGCACAAGUUGCGUGACUAUAUUGGCAUUACCAUCAAUCGCUCUCAAGCUAGAUAUGCAAAAGACAGACUUCAGAGUCUGGCUGAUGAUUGCCCUCUUAUGUAUGAGGGCCGGGGGUCUCCAUUGAAUGAAGUUUUCAAAGCAGAUGCAGCAGACCCCAAUAAAUGGCCAAGCCAUGUUCACAACAAACUUCAUCAGCUUGCGCAGUCUCGAAUGGGCCCUAAGAACAGCGAAGCGAUCAAUCCGCAACUUUGGUUACUAGCUAUUGACACCUUGUAUCAUUUCAAGCCGAACCGACACAAGAUCCUGAAAUAUGCACAUCAAGAACUUGGCGCCUCUAUCAUGGCAACAGACAUCAUUAUCUCAUCAUCUUUAUCGACCUGGAACCGCGUUCUAUUGAGAAUCUUGUUCUACUUUCUCUACGUUCCGUGGACAAAUAUUCUCACUCGAGACGAAUACAUUAGCAUGCUUGCCGCAUGUGGAUACGAGAAGAAAAAUAUUGAGAUCCGUGACAUCACAGAGGAUUGUUUCCCUGGCUAUGACCAAUUUCUUGCUAGGCAAAGUCGGCACUGGGAGCAUAUUGGAGGAUCACCUGCAGUGUUCCGCCCAAUGCGAUUGAUGGGAAAAGUAGCUGCGUGGUGGGCCAAAUCGGGUACCAUUCGCGAGUGCAUAAUUAUUGCGAAGAAAUCUGGUUCAGUACCAUAA